UAGGUUUACUAUGAAUAAUUCAAACUGGAUAGAUGACGAGGAAGACGAUUCAUUCACUGAACUCAGUCCACUUCUAAUACAGAAAAACGAUCAAAUGAGUUCACCAACUAUAAUUGAGAGUUUGGACUAUGAUCGCUGUCCUAAUGAACCCUACAUGACCUUCAUAUCUUCAAAAACUAAAGCAAUUGUUACCUAUCUGAACCUAAAAGACUGGAUAAUGUUCAGUUUAAUAGGAAUUGCAACUGGAAUCGUAGCUUUUGCAAUCGACAUAGGAGUGACCAAUUUAUCAAAACUUAAGUUCAGCACUGUUUAUAAAUAUUUGGACCAUUUUAAAGAUACUGCAUCAGCACCGAUGAUGAUUUAUAUUGCAUUCUCGUUGCUGUUCUGUCUUAUUGCGGCGGCCACGGUUGCUUUCACUCCGGAGGCUGCAGGUAGCGGGAUACCCGAAAUAAAGUGCUAUCUUAAUGGAAUAAGGCUACCGAGAGUGGUACGUAUCAAGACCCUAGUUUGCAAGGCCUUUGGGGUGAUAUUUAGCGUUGCCGGAGGUUUACCAUGCGGAAAGGAAGGCCCCAUGAUUCACAGUGGGGCAGCUCUAGGUGCAGGAAUCCCUGAGGGUCUAAGUCGACUAGUAAAGAAGUUGGGUUACAAAGAAUCCUUCUUUGGAGUCCACGAUGACCGAGCUAAACGUGACUUCAUUUCAGCUGGAGCAGCAGCUGGUGUAUCAGCAGCGUUUGGUGCUCCUCUGGGCGGAGUACUGUUCAGUCUUGAAGAGGGAAGCUCCUUCUGGAACCAAGCUCUUACUUGGAAAACUUUGUUCUGCAGUAUGUGCAGUGCGUUCGUACUACAAAUCCUCAACUCUGCACUUGAAACAAACGAUGCAAGAAUAGGAGACAAAUAUUCUGGACUUAUCAACUUCGGGGAGUUCAAGUGUGUUAACGGUUCAAACGAAUGCAUGCUUUGGGGACCUAAAGAUCUGAUAGUUUUUAUAGUGAUGGGUGCAGUUGGGGGUCUGCUUGGAGCAUUAUUUAAUCAACUUAAUUUUUACAUAACUAAAUACAGGAUCAAUCAUGUUAACCCAAAGGGAAGAAUUGUCAGGAUGAUGGAGGUGGCCCUAAUAGGAAUAGUGAUUAGUACUCUCGGAUAUGUGUCAAUCAACACAGCAGGACAUUGUGUCAGAUGGAACAAAAAUGGGACAGAGAAAGAACUACGAGGUCUGAUGAAGAGUUGGUACUGUCCAGAAAAGGACCAUCUCUAUAACGAUUACGGGACAUUAGCCUUCAAUUCCCAAGAGAACAGUAUAAAGAUGCUCUUCCACCAUUUCAACUUCACCAGUUCCGACAGUAAUUCGACUAAUUGUGCCGCAAAAGAUCUCCCUCUUAAGCCCACCUACAUGCCUCUAACUCUGGUGCUGUUCCUGGUCACUCUCUUUCUCACUGCUUGCUGGACUUAUGGGAUAGGGGUACCAAGUGGACUGUUCGUGCCGUGUCUACUAAUUGGAGCUACUUAUGGCAGGAUAUUUGCGUACGGUUAUCAGCAGAUCUUCAAAUUCACAGACCCCUCGUUAUUCUACCCGGGAACGUACGCACUGAUAGGAGCGGCAGCAUUCCUGGGAGGGGUGGUGAGGAUGACGAUCAGUCUUACUGUUAUCCUCAUUGAGACUACUAGGAACAUCAGCUACGGGCUGCCUAUUAUGUUAACUCUCAUGGUUGCCAAAUGGGUUGGAGAUAUAUUCAACAAAGGAUUAUACGAUAUCCACAUUGAGUUGAAACACUGGCCACUUUUAGAAUGGGAAGCGGAACCACUUUGGGAAACGUUAAGAGCAAGUGAUAUCAUGAAAUCUAAUCUUGAGUGGUUGAACCCACACCCCAAUGUGGGUAGAGUAGUUGAAAUUCUCAAAAGAACUAAACAUUCUGCUUUUCCUGUCUGCGUUUACACCGACAGUUCACAAGGAGGAGGAACGUUAAGAAGAAAACAAAUUGGAACGACAAAUCCUGUACACGUGAGAUCUCAACUCAGACUGCAGGGCCUCAUACUGAGAUCCCAGAUUGUUACUCUGCUCAAGAAGGAGCAUUACUCUGACCCAGGCGCACCUGAGUUACCAGAUUUGACGCACAGUGAACUGACAGAGUUCUAUCCCAGAUACCCUGACAUAGACGAUAUUACUUUGACUAUUUCUGACCAAAAUAAAGUAGUCGAUUGUUCAAAGUACAUGAACCCCUGUCCCUACACAGUGUCGCCUCAUGCUCCAAUAACUAAAGUGUUUACUCUGUUCCGCUCUCUCGGUCUGAGGCAUCUCAUUGUGGUGAACAACAAGGGCGAGGUAGAGGGUAUAAUAACAAGAGCUGAGCUGCAGGAGCAUCAUAUAGAGAUUGUGUACAAAGCUAAAGUGGAGACUCAGAGUACUGUUCUGGCGAGUUCAAGAGCAGAUUUAAGCGUAAACCCAGUACCCAUUACGAUACAGCACAGUGCUACCUUGAACCCAGAAUACUUGCAACUUCCUCUUCCCCCAAGGACGCUCAGAACUUUUUGAACAUCCUUCACAUUCCCAAGGCCGUUUCGGGCCAUCCAUAAGAAGGGUUUAAAAAUCAGCCAAAUUCACCGACGUAAUUUAUGGACAAAUCCUUUUUAUUUCAGAGCUUUAUCGCCAUGCGUCAGAUCCGUCUCUAUUUCUUGAAUGUUGAGUGGCAGUUUUUGUGUGGAGUGUCUAGUGAUUUGAUUCUAGAAGUAUUAUAUAAUAUUAGGAAAAUAAAAUCUAUUUUGAUCAAUUGAGUGAUAUGAUGUCAUAAGAUGUUUGCUGUAUACAUUUUGAAUACAUUAGUUUCUUUGUUAUG